UUCAGUUCUGAAUUAUUUACAUGCAGGCGCUAUACAACUCACAGCUCCAACAGGCUCAAUACUAUCAACAGCAAAUGUACGGAGGAGGAGCAACGUCACCAUCAUCAUCCAACAUCAUGCCUUCCCCUUACUACUACCUCCAAGCUCCAAGCCCUAGACCAUAUCCUCAUCAUCAUCAACACUACCAGUAUCAUCAUCAUCAACAACAGCAACAACGUUUACCCUCUGCUUCUUCUUACCUAAUCUACCCAUCCAAUGUCGAAGCUCCCACUUCCUCUAAUGCCCCUACUUCCCAAGGCCCACUAUCUUCUUCCACGGAAUCACACGCACCACAACAAGUCUCAGAAGGAGGAGAACACGAUCCAACGGAUGCACCUGAAAGUACAACAACGAACAGCAGAGAGUUAACGUCAUCUUCAUGAUCAACUCCAACUCCAACUCCAACUCCAACUUCAACUUGGACAAUCUUGACAUUUUUUCCUUCUCUUUCUCUUCAUCCAAUCAGAGAAAAAGAAGCUAAUUCACUUUUAUUACUUUUCUCAACCAAAUUCAUAACUUAGCAUGACUGCCAAAAUAAAGAUGGCUCUAUGUCUCGACUCUUGUCAUGUUCCUUUUCUUCUCCCUAACGGAAUAAUAUAAUAUGUCGACUUUGAUAUU